CCCUCUCAUCAUCUCAUGUGCGCGCGCUGUCAUUAACGCACGCACGCACGCACCGCAUCAGCAGCGCACGCCAGACGCGCUCGAGCACACGGUUCGGUUCGGACAUGAUACCGGCGCGGACCCGGAGAUGAGGCUCAGAAAUGGCACCUUCCUAACAGUCUUACUCUUCGGGUUAUGUGGGCUUAUAUCGUUAUCCUGGUACACCGCAUUCAGCAAUUCCAAAGGUAAUGUGGUGGACAUUUACCAGCGUGAGUUUCUGGCCCUGAGAGACCGUCUGCACUCCGCUGAGCAAGAGAACCUCAAACGCUCCAAAGAGCUCAACCUGGUGCUGGACGAAAUCAAGAGAGCCAUCGCUGAGAAACAAGCACUGCGGGACAUCAACCGUACCUGGAGCAGCCUGUCAGAUGAGACCAAGCUGAAGUUGUGGAACGUGACCAGCAGUAAGAAUGUUCUUCAGCUGCCCAGCAUCUUCCACCAUCUGCCACAUUUGCUGGCCAAGGAGAGCAGCCUUCAGCCGGCGGUGCACAUCGGCCAGGGUCGCACCGGAGUGUCGAUAGUGUUGGGGGUGCCCAGCGUAAAGAGAGAGGUGCACUCGUACCUGACGGACACGCUGAGCUCGCUGAUGACAGAACUGAGUCCUGCAGAAAAGGAGGACUGUGUGAUUGUCGUCUUCAUUGCGGAGACGGAUCAACAAUAUGCAAAUAGCGUUGCUGACAACCUUAAGCGCCUGUUUCCGGGGGAGAUUCAGUCUGGGCUUUUGGAGAUCAUUUCUCCCUCUGUCCAUUUCUAUCCAGACUUCUCUCACCUCAAGGAGUCAUUUGGUGACCCUAAAGAGCGGGUCAGAUGGCGAACAAAGCAGAACCUGGAUUACUGCUUCCUGAUGAUGUACGCCCAGACUAAAGGGAACUAUUAUGUACAGCUAGAGGAUGACAUUGUUGCUCGGCCAAAUUACUUCACCACGAUGAAAAAUUUUGCCCUGCAGCAGCCGUCAGAGGAGUGGAUGAUUCUAGAGUUUUCUCAGCUGGGCUUUAUCGGUAAAAUGUUCAAGUCAUUAGACCUGCCGCUGAUCGUGGAGUUCAUGCUAAUGUUUUACAAAGACAAGCCCAUUGAUUGGCUGUUGGACCACAUCAUGUGGGUGAAGGUGUGCAACCCGGAAAAAGAUGCGAAACAUUGUGACAGACAGAAAGCAAACCUACGCAUUCGCUUUAAACCAUCUCUCUUCCAGCAUGUCGGAACACACUCUUCCCUCGCUGGAAAGAUCCAGAAACUCAAGGAUAAGGACUUUGGAAAGCAGACAUUGCAUAAAGGUCAUGCUAACCCGCUGGCUGAGGUCACCACCAGUCUAAAAACGUACCAGCACUUCACCCUGGAGAAGGCUUAUCUAGGAGAGGAUUUCUUCUGGGCUUUUACACCUGUCGCUGGAGACUUCAUACGCAUUCGCUUCUUCACACCUGUCCGAGUAGAGAGGUAUUUCUUCCGCAGUGGAAACAUCGAGCACCCCGGAGACAAGCUUUUCAACACUACAGUGGAGGUUCUUCCUUUCGACAAUAUCCAGUCGGAGAAAGAAGCACUGAAGGAGGGAAGAGAGAAGACGCCGAAGUACCAGCGCACAGAAGAUGGCUUCAUCAGAAUAGGGAAGUUUGAGAACGGCAUCGCGGAGGGGGAAGUGGACGCUUCUUUCGGGCCGCUGGAGGCUCUGCGGCUCUCAGUACUGACGGACUCUCCUGUGUGGGUGAUUCUCAGCGAGAUUUUCAUCAAGAAAGCCGAGUGACUGAAGUUCAUCAAUACCUCAUGACUUAAGCAGUUGUGUGGUGCAGGAUUGGAGACUCCUCCACAUGAGCUCCUCACAGCAGUUUCUUUAGCUUGGUCCAAUAGCGCCAACUGCUGGCGGCAAGCUGUUCUAGCAGGGUAGAGAAGGCCAAGCCACGGCGUCACACAAAAGACACACAGCUCGCGCUGUCAGACGCGCCGCAGUGGCUGGAAGACGCUGUAUUUUUUUGUAAACUGUAUUUAUAUGUACAUAUGCCCAUGAUUGAGUUCCUUUAAUUACACUGGUUUGUUGUCAAGGGCUUCCUGGAAACUCUGACAUUCAACAAAAAUGCUGCUUUUGGAAUGGAAGACUCUUAAAUUCCUACUCGAGGUUCAAUCUUUUUUUUUUUUUCAAAGAGUUGGGUUUGUUGUUGAUUAGUUGACAAGUGAUUCUGUUUAGGCUUCUCCAAAUGAUGUAUUUAUAUUAUUUAUUACGAUACAUUUGAAGUACACACAGGCUUAUGGCCAUGCUAGAUAUGUGUUUGUUUGUGCACAGGCCUAGCGUGUGUGGUUUUUUCCAAAGUCAGUCCAAACAAUUCGUUAUGAUGAUGAGAAAUGUUUAAAGUAACUAUUAGAGUAUGCUGCAAAAUCAUUUCUUCAGAAAAUUGAAGCGCUGAUUUUUCUUGUGAUAAUUAAAUCUAUCAAAAUGAACAGGAUGGGGGAGCCUUCCGAACUUUUUUGUUGCAUCUUUUUUUAUUAUUGUUAUAAUUUUUUUACUUUCUAAUCAGGUAGCUAUAGCCUAUUUUUUCUUGCAAUAUGUUUUUUUCUCUCCUCCUCUUCCUGCCUUAAUGUGACACAGUAGUGCGCUAAUGUGGACAUUUUGUUUGUUUGUUUGAUUGUUUGGUUUUUUUUUUUACCUUAAAGCCAAAAACUGAUAUAGAAAGUUAGACAAAGCAAAAUCCUGCUCGAGAAUAAUCUGUACAGCUCAGUGUGAGUCAAUGCGCUGGUGUUUAGAUGCUCGGUUUGCUCUCUGGUGAUAGAAAUAACUCAAAUAUUAUCAGAUGCUACACAGAUCUGUCGAGGGUCCUGAUUUUUUUAUUUCCAUGCCUUAAAAUGCCAUUUUCUGUAAGUGUUUAGUUUAGUAAACAGUUCAGGCAUCAGUAUACGGUGCUGUUUGUGAACUGGACAGUCGACGUGUUUGAGAAGAUCUUACAACUGCUUUUCAAAAGGAGAAAGUUUUGUGCAGCAAAAGAACAGCAUCUGACUUAAAACAAUGCUAAGAAUCACCAUGUUGUUUUACAGCACAAGCAGAAUGGAUAUAAAGCUGCUUCAACUUUCACUGGCUCUUCAUUGUUUUCUCUUGAUUCAAUUGAUCCAUGAUCUCAGAUGAAAAUGUAAUGCUCCUGUCAAAUGAUUUGAAUAAAAUCAAAGUCCAAA